UCUGGAUUUCUUUUCUGACACAGGGUAGAGCARGCACCCAGGUUUUCCUCACUUGUGCUGUCUCCCGUCUCAUCCAUCUGGUACUGCCCCUGAAAUGGAGUACGUCUGGUAUUGGCUCGAUGAUUCUGGCCAGUUGAUUGAGUAUGGGAAAGAGCACCCAGUUCAUGUCUCUGCCACUGUGACAUCUGAAUUUCUGGAGAAYGAGUAUCAAACUGACAAGAAUGGUGUUAUUUACUUCAGGGCUGGCUCUCAGCAGUAUAAAUUAGACUUUGCAGACAUGGUCCAAACAAAUGUGGUCUUUCAAACUCGAAGAARUGUCAUUCGGCUGCCAAAACAGUCUGAAGGUGGACAAGAUGGAAGAAACUCACCAGCUGACGGUGAACAUGAAGCUGAGGGUUCAAUUAAAGUCCAAAACACAACUCUGUCACAUCCUGUCUAUCCUCCACAGUGGGACCAAACUGCACUCCCUGAUAUCGGUUUCAAGUUGAUACAGCUCAGCUACGAUUCCCAAGAAUAUGAAAAAAUCAAGACUCUGUUUGAGAAGACAAUGAAAAAUUACUGCAUCAACCAACUGCAGAGGAUCCAGAACCCAACACUUUGGGACAUUUUUCAGUGGCAAAAAGAGAAGAUGAAGAAGAUCAAUAAAUUGAAAACGGUGGAYGAGCGGCUCCUGUUCCAUGGCACAAAUCCAUCCCACGUGCCUGCCAUCUGUGAGCAGAACUUUGACUGGAGACUCUGUGGGACUCAUGGGACGUUGUAUGGGAAAGGGAGCUACUUUGCCCGGGAUGCCAGCUAUUCCCACGAGUACUGCUCGUCCCGCAGCGGGCGCUACAGCAUGUUCGUGGCUCAGGUCCUYGUUGGGGACUUUGUGCAGGGACACCCCGAGUUCUGCCGCCCCCCAGCCAGAGCCAGCAAUUCCAACAGACUCUAUGACAGCUGCGURGACGACCCCACAGACCCUUCCAUCUUUGUCAUCUUYGAGAAGCAGCAGAUUUACCCUGCCUACAUUUUGGAGUACAGUGUUGAGAGCCGCUGUGUGCUCCUGUAACGAGCGGUGCAAUCUCCUUUCAGUUCACACGGAAUAAAUUACUCUUUAGUACACUUUUUUAAAAAAAAAUGUUUGAACAAUUUUAGUUGUAGGUUUAGGAUACUUUGUAAUGCAAUGAACUAGUAUCAAUCCCCUGAUGGUUUUGGGGGCAUUUGUUCUUUGUUGGGCUAUUCUUUCCCCAGAAAAAGUACUAAAUCUUAUCAUUGACCAUAUCUCUAACCUGGAACAGAUUCCUACCUGCCUGGCAGGUGUACCCUCAUGCAGUGACACCAUCUGAGUUAUAAUUAACUUGGUCCACUGCUGUGGUCACUUUGGRUUGAUUCCUGCCUGUGAUGGUGCUGAUAUGCCCAAGGGACACUGGGCAGGGAAUGUGAAAGAAGGAAAAGUGAAAGUACCUGCAUCAUGGUGCACAAGAGAGGAAUCACGGCCUGUCUUUCCAGUAAAUGGCAGGAAUCUUGUAAUUAAUGGUGGCAAAGAACAUUUCCUUGUUUCCUGGUUACAUUGCUGACAGCUCUUACCCUGUUCUGCUGUGUCAAGUCAGCCUGUCCCUGUGGCACCCUAUCCUUCAUCUGUCCCCACUGGAUUUAGGGCAGGAGAAGCAGGGAUGUGACAGUGAGGAAGUCCGUGGUGAGCUGAAUAAUGGCCCAGAGCAGUGUCCCAGCAGGGCUGCAGAGCCAGGACCUGCAGCAGGGAGUGGUGACAGACAGGGGCAUGGGGAGGGGUGGCUGCUGGCAGGGCCACCUCCUUCCCACCCUGCUGGUGGCUGUUUUAAAUCAUCCUGCUGCUGUUCUGAAUUACUGCUUCCCUGGGGGACUGAGAAGUGUCCCAGUAGUGUGUGCUCCAGUGGGGAGAGCUUGAAUUGUGGUCAUGGUACUUGAUGGAUAAUGGGAUAAUAUCUAGGAUGACUGAUAGCAUAGAAAAAAAAAAAAA